CAUUCUUUUUCACAGAAUCGAAGCGUACGGACGUCUCGCGCGUCGCGUAGAUUUUUAUUAUUUUCUCAGCUUCUGGGUAGGUGGUGUGCGGAGCAAAUAAGAAAGAAAUUUGUGUAUUGCAGCAGAAGUUUUCUGUGCGCAUAGGCUGUGCCACUGCUUGCGAGACUAUGUGAAGCAAAGAUAAUUUCAUGCAACAAAGAAAAAUGACCACACAAGCUUAAAAUCUGUGGAAAUAUGUAGUAUUAGUGCAAAUGAAAAAAAAAACAACAUUAAGUUCAAGGUUUAUUUCCACACAAUGCUAGAACCGAAGUUCAAUCUCAAAGAUACAUAAUAAAAAGUGUGUGCAGAUUUUUGUAUACACUGCGACGCGCGUGUGUGUGUGUGUAUGUGAAAAAGUGUGAGUAAAUGUGACUACUGCAUUUUCUUUUUAUUUUGAGACAAAACGCAAUACUCAAUUGAGAAGAGAGCAAGCGUAAUUAUUGAAUUAAUAAAUGUGCACAAUAAGAAGAAAUAUAACUUUGUCUCGAUAUCUGUGGAAAAAUAUCUAAACCCAAUUACUCAGUUUGCUCUCAGUUUAAUUCGAUUGACACAGAGGCAGGCGGCAGAGUAACUUGGCAGAGCGCGAGCGCAAGCAGCAGCAGCAGAGCAGCAGCAGCAGCAGCCCCAACAAAAUACAAGUCGAUAGACUUAACUUACACACUACUGAUGGUGGUGGGAGACACACAAUACAACAACAAGAGCAACAGCAGCAACAACAACAACAAGAGCAACAACAAAAAGUCAAAACUUCUCAGCUCUCAGCUCUGCUUUUGCGCAGACAGAGGCAGUGAAUUCGCCGCGUCGCGACGUCGUUGACGCUGCUCAGUUGCAGUUCGGUCGUCGCUGUUUGGAAACACCUUGCUCCAAUAUUUUGCUGGCUCUCCUGCGCUCCCCUUUGGCCCCCCCUCCACACACACAACGAACUUCGCAUAUUGUGAGCACGACGAGCAGAGCAACAACAACGACGACAACGACUCCGACCACGACUCGGAUUCAGUUGUCCGCAACCGUCGCAGUCGCAGUCGGAGACUCAGUUUCGAUUCGUGCGCGUAUUGCGAUUCUUUUGCUUUUGCUCCUGCAGCGGAAAAUUCAUCUGAAUGUGAAAAUCACACCAACAAAGGCAACAAUAGCAAGGCAACAUUUUUGUAAUUUUCCAAUGCUGGUUGGCUACGCUUUGCACGCGAUUCCCUUAAAUUUGGAUACGGCUGGUGUUGCCGUUGCUUCCACUGCUGCAUUUUCAACUUUAUCGAAAAGAACAGCAGCCGCAGCCGCAGCAGCAGCAGCAGCAACAACAACAACAACAACAACAACGAUAACAACAACAGCAGCUUCAACAUUGUCGCCGUGUCGCCAGCGUCGCAGCAUCGCAAGCCCGUUGGACUCGCCAUGUACUACAACAACAACAACAACAACAGCAGGAGGAGCAGCAGCAUCAACAACAACAACAACGACGACGACGCCGACAUAGAACAGCCACAGACACAGAAGACGCAGCAGGAGCAAAUGCAGCAACCAAGCGCUGGGACUACGAGGACGAGGACGAGAAUGAGGACGAACAUGAGCAAGAACACGAGUAGAAGCACAAACAGGACCACAGCCACGUCCAAGACGAGAGCAAGAGCUAUGUCUUUAAUCUAUUUACCGCCUUUCUGCAAUCCAUGUGGACAUUCGCCUGAAGCCAACAUCGAGCAGUUGAGUCACUGCCAUGGCAGCUGUUGCUGCGAACAUACAAAUUAUGAUAAACAUGUCGCAGCACCAACGUUGACAACAGAAGCAGAAGCAACAACAACAACAACUGCGCUUGAAGUGGUUAGCGAAUUCCUGCAGCGUGAUAUCCAGUUACCAAUGGACACAAUGGCGCAUAGCUGCAUCGAUCUUACACAGACGUCGCAAUUAGUUAUGCCAAUUGUUGUAGGUGGCUGCUGUGGAGUUGGCAAUGUCAAAGACUUGGAAUGUCUGGCGGUUGUGCGGCGCCAGCGACGUGAGCGAAUGCGACGCGAACGACAAAGUCAUGCGUUUGCGGCAAUGUCGAUGACCAAGCUGGCGAAUCCAAUCAGCAGUGCAACACCAACUAACCGAACAACAACAACAACAACAUCAGCAGCAACAACCACAACAACAACAACAAGAAACAAUUCGCAAACAACGACAACUGCGUUGGCCACAACUGACGCGACACUGCCGCAUGAUGUACAUGCUGAAGAUGAUGAUGAUGAUGCUGAUGCUGAGAAUGAUGAUGAUGAUAUUGAAUGUAGGUGCUUUAACUAUAACGGUGAUAUUAGUGCGCUGGAACAGAAGCAAAAGCUGCUGCAGACGGAACAAGUGUGGUAUGAACUUCCUAGCAUUACGUGGCUGAAAUUCUGGCAGCAGCUGCUGCUGCCGGGCAAUGCCAGCAGCAACAGCAUCUCCAGCUCCAACUCCAACUUCAACUCCAACGUCAAGGCGACAACAAAAACAACGAAGAUGACGGCCACGACCGCAACCACGACUACAACCAUGACGACGACGACGACAAUUUCGAGCAGGCAGCCAAUCGCAAGGAUGGGCACGAGAAGCAACAACAACAGCAGCAGCAGCAGCAGAAGUUGGAACAGCAGCAGCAACAGCAGCAUGACAUCGGCAAAAAGUUGGCUGGGAACGCUAAUGCUGACGAUGCUGUUGGCCACGUCCGUUAGCGGCUGGGGCGGCCGACAAGAUGCGCCCACAAAUUGCACAUUUCCGGCACGCUGGGAGGGCUCCUGGUUUCUAUCGGGCUAUCAGCAAUCUAUACACAUCAAGGGCUCGCAGUUUAGUUAUCGCGGCAGGUGUGCGGCCGCAGAUGGUAACAAAUAUCUGAUAGUCGAUGAGAAAGGAUGUCAUCGUUGCCUGGUUAUCUAUGAGAAGCAUAAAAAUGUGCUCCAGUAUAAAGAAAGUGAGUGCGAAGGUGAUAGUAUGUAUAUGCAUCAGUCGAAUCCAUCUGCACUGGCGAUGCGUAGCUCUAUAAAACAAAGUGAUCAUAGGGGGGGAGCUCAUCCCAAUACGAACGGGCAUUCAAGACUAUCAUCAUCGGAUCAGUACAUAAUGAGAUCCAAUGACGAUAUGAAUGAUUGUCCCCCAGACUUUUGCAAGGGCCGUGAGACUUUACAGAAUCUCUGCGAUCAAAUUCCGGGCGAUGCUCUGCUCUAUUCGCUGUUCCGUGAGAGCGCCGAGCCGGUCAAGUGUCCGCUAAAGGGUCCCUUUAUAUUCACAUAUAAUCGUGGCCAUGGGGAGUGCAAGUCCCCGGUGUCGAAUAUUGAGAGCUGCACCGAAGAGAGUCGCCUGCUAUUGAGUUUUCAGGCUUGUCCCGAUGUCCAGGGCACCGAGAGCACGGUUGAGGAGUUGACAUGUCUGGCGACCUGGAAGGAUGGAAACUCCCGCUAUUUGGUCGGUCUUGUCUCGCAUCAUCAUGCCAUUUCGAAUGAGGAACGCUAUCGCUGCUUUGUUUACGAGAAAAUCUCCUCGCUGAUGGGCGGUCCUAGCAUGCUGAGCUCCAAAGACGCCGAGUAUAAGCUGGCACAAUCCGGCGACGCCACUUGCAAUGGCUUAGACAGCGCCGAGGUUGGCUCACGUAUAAUGUCGCUGCGCAAACCGCCAGCGGCUGAGCGCUGCGAUUUUCCCGCCUGGUUCAAGGGUCCGCGACACUGGCAUGCACUUAUGGGGAACGCUGUCUACAAUUAUCAUUCCAAUGAUGGCUCUGUGCACAUUAUUAAGCCCAACGGCUACAUGGAGACACGUGCCCUUUGCGAGCAGAUAAACAAACAGACCUCAACCGAAAUGAUGGCAGUGGUUCACUAUACAACUGGCUGCCAAUCAGGCUUUAUGUGCAUGAUGUUUUACCGUCGGGACACGCACGUCAUUGAGAUACAAACGGGAAAGCCGGCUAUUCGUCUAGAGGAUGCCUGUGCGCCAGAUCACUUUGACUUCAAUAAGAUGGCCUACAUUACAUUGCUGGCAAGCAAUCCGGAACCGCAUAUUUGCCCCGUGGAGGGGUUGUACAAUCUAAGAGGCGCAAUUGGGCCACCCUACAUGGUCACGCGCCACAAGCGCAAUCACAAUGGAAAAUCGCAUCUUGGACAUGGCCAUCAUCAUCACGAGAGCUCUGAUUCUGGGGAUUUUGGACACAAGGGGCACAGUACACUGAGCUUUCGAAACGCCGAGCACAUGGAACGCAGCUCUUGGCAUGCCAAUACUCGCGGUCUGCCUGUUCGUACUCGACGCAAUGCACCCCAAGCACAACAGCAGCAACAACAGCAACAACAACAACAGCAGAUACAACAAGCAUUGGUUUUAAGCAGUCUCAAAAGCAACAACGACACUAGUGUGGGCUUUAUAGCUCCUCGAAGUCGUCGCGAUGUUCCCGGCUGUGUGACCAACUACAAUGCGCAACGACAGCUUUGGGUGGGUUGCAGCGCGCCAAAUGCAAUCGAUGUGAGUCCCCUGUGCAGUGUGGAUGGAGAGGAAGAGUACUCCUGCCAUGGCUCUUGGAGCGAGAAUAGCACCGUCUAUAUUAUAGCUAGACACAAGGGUACCAAACACGGCGUUUGUAUUAGCUACAGACCCACGGAGGGCAACUCAGCCAAGCUGGUCGUUGGCGAUGCCUGCUAUCGCGGCACACAGAAGCCACCAGAUCAUCAUCUGGUAGCAAACCUUUCCGUAUUGGGUAAAUGCGGCGAGACGGGAUCUAGUGCCAGCACAGACCACUUGGCCAACUGGUUGCUUUUGUUCGCAAUGUUAACAUGGCUAUCGCUGCAAAGCUGAUUCUGUAGAGAACUGAAUAGUUUGGGACUAUAUAAUAAUUUGGAGACGGGCACGAAAAGGCCGUAUAUGCAUCACUAAUCCCAAAAUCACAACCAAACUCCCAUUACGAUAAACAUGUAUACAAGACACACAUUUAAGACUUAUUGUACAUUGCAUAUUGUAUAUGUAAGGCGUAAAAAACGAUUCAAAUAUGUUUUGCUGUAUAUAACUUAUUAGUUUUUUUAUUAUCACCCCCUUUUUUUGUUUAGUUUUAAGUGCUUGUAUUUAACUCUAUAUAUUAUAUUAUAUUAAAAAUCGAAAACAAUAUUUGAAAAAAAAAAAACUAAAAAUGGUUUGCAAUAAAGCCUUAGAUAAAGCGCUGUUUGUAUUAGGCCUAGUAAAACGCGCCUAUUACUAAAUGUAGCGCUGAAAAUUAAAUAAUUAUAGACAUAUGCAACAAAAACGCUAUUUAUUUGUAAUACAAUUAUGCAUAGAAAAGGUUAGAAGCGCAGCAUACAAGUGAAAAUAAUGAUGAAACAGAACAACUAUACAUACAUACAUACGAAUAUAAGCUUAAAGCUUUUUCGGUUCGUAUGCUGAAAUAAAACGAAAAUAAUGUUUUAUGCAUUUAUUUUUUUAUAUCAUUUCCAAAAUGUUUCCUAUAACAAAAGUACACACAAAAAUACUAAGACGGAAAUAACCUUAUAGUAACUACAUUAAAUUAGUUUUCGCAUUGUUUUCAAAUUGUACAAAAUAUAAAGGCAUUGUGUACACAUAUAUUUUGAUGUACAGUGCAAAAUAUUACAUAAUAAGCAUAAUUAUACAUUCGUAUAUGAAGGAUACAUAAAAAUAUAAAUAAAUUUUGCAAAGGAUCACAUUGGUUUCAUAAUACAUAAUUAAUACCUUGCAAAAUAUACAUACAUUACAUAUACACAUAUAUUUGAAGGAGAUUCAUAAUACUUAGCUAACAUACAUCUUAGCGGACAUAAGUGAAUUGAAUGGAUAAAAUGAAGUAUUCGACCUUCUAAAAUUUAAUAAGUAGCAGCACUCACGUUCAUAAUCAAUCAAACAAUUUCUAAAGACACACAUGACAACCAAACAAACAAACAAAGACAACAAUGAAUCAGCAAGGAAUGCUAAAAUAAUUAGAGUGUUUAAGGCAAUUAAGCGGUGAUAUAGGUCUAGAAUAAACAAAAACAACUGUAUAAAAGCUCUUAGCUCUUAUGAAACGCGCAAGAACAACUGGCAGACAUUGGAGAUAAACAAGUGUAUCCAAAGGAUUUCAGAAACUAGCAUUUUCCCCUCGAGAUUACAUAGCAUUUUACACAAAACAAUUUUGUCUUUAUUAAAAAUGAAAAUAAUUAAAACAAAUCCUAUGCGGAUUACAAGUAACUAACAAUUUCGAAAAUCGAAACCUCUUCAAGGUACAUAAUAACAUACAUAACUAUAACUAGUCGAAAUUUAUAUUUGAAAAAAAAUGCGUUCACCCAAAAACGUCGAUGGCGAUAAAUCCAUGUAAAUAGCGAAUGUUAUGCGAAUUGAUCAGUAACUUAAAAAUUGUACGCGGUGUAUACCUAUGUAACUAAUUGCUAGUUAGCUAAAAGUUUGAGCAAAUGUAAUAAACUAAAUAGGCAAACGCUGGGAGAGCAUAAAAAGGGCGCUGGCUAACUGAAUAUAAGAGUUACUUGAUAAGUACUACGUAUAUACAUAUAUAUAAAUUUAAAAUAUAUAAUCUUUACUGGAGAAUCGGAUAGACAAACUAACUAGUAGAAUGAUACCGAAAUGCAAGUAAUAAACAGAACACUCAAACCAUGCAAACCAAGCAAACACAAUAGGCAAAGGCACUUGAACUCCACAGAAAGAGAGCCGACACUCCCAGGACAAGACAAAUCAAUAAAUGGCAAAGGUAUAUAAUAGUUAUUUAUGACACUAGCAGCCGUAGGAAAGUCGAGCAGCAGGCUAGGCAGCAAGGAUAACUAUUAUACAUAAAUAUUUUUGAGUGUACCUAUCAAUAAGUAUUUCAAUUUGUUGUCAGCUUUUAAUAAGUAAAUAUGUAAUAACAAAACAAAAAAAAAACAACUAACAAUUAAAGCGAGAUUGCAUUUUAAAAACGUAAGAGAAAAUAAAAUCAAUUGACACUCAAAACGAAAAAACAGAACUAAAAUAAAAAAUACUUAGUAAUUCAAUUGUCAAAGAGGAAAGUUUUAAGCCACAUCCCCGAAAGUUCAGAUCAUACUUUCAUUUCCGUAUUUCGGUUUAUUAAUCGCUUAGCUCUUGUUUGUUUUGCAAUUGUUAAACUAUAACACUUUCUAGUCCAGUCAUUCCCAUUUGCAAUUAUGGUCCAAGAAAAUUCCACUUACUUUCUGUUGUCAUUUUCACUUUAUCUUACCUUGUCGCAGCAUAUACGUGUUAUCAAUGUUCCAAAAUGAAAAAAGGUCUCCACAAAUGUAUUCGAUGUUUCUAAAAACUACAAAAUCAAAUACGAAAACAAACGCAAAACAUAAAUAUUUUUGUAAAUAGUUAAUGCAAUGCUUGAAUUUUUAUCAAAUCAUGGUACGAGUACUCGUAUUUUGUGUAUGGCCAACUGCAAAAGUGUGUGUAAGAGGCCAUGCCCAUCAAUUUGCAGGUGCAAUUUGGCCGUGGACUUCAUUUGAAUGUGAACGCUAAGCAUUAGAGUAUAAGAGAUUUUUAUAUUCAAAUCGAUUUUAUAAAUCAUUUUAAUUGUCUAUUUUAAUGAAUGCAAUGAACAUCACAAAAUUGUAUCGCAAUUAAUUAAUUUAGUUGAUGUAUGUGAAAAA